AAAUCUCUAAAACUUUCCAUAAAUAAAUAAAUAAAACCCAAUAAAAGAAAACGAUCAAAUUCUAACUAACUUUAUUAAUAAAAUCAAAAUUAAACAUUAUGCAUUUUAAUCGGAGACAAUAGAUCAUGAUCAUACCUGCAACCCAAUGAUGAUUUCGUUGAAAUGAAAAAACACCAACAGACAUUUCACAAUCAUCAGUCGCCGGAAUUCUAUUGUGAAGCAUGGGAACAAAAGGAAACACAGGAGAAAACAAAACCAGAAGCCCUCUAUCAAUCAUCAUUGUAUUUGGAUUAUGUUGCUUCUUCUAUCUUUUAGGUUCAUGGCAACGCAGUGGCUACGGAAAGGGAGACAGAAUUGCUGUACAGAUCACACAACAAACAGACUGCAGCAUCCUUACUGAUCUGAACUAUGAAACACACCAUGGAGGGGAGCUUCUUAAUGAAGUCAAGAAAUUCAAACCAUGCACUGAUACUUUCAUAGACUACACACCUUGUCAAGAUCAGGCUCGAGCAAUGACCUUUCCUCGAGAGAAUAUGAAUUACAGGGAACGACAUUGUCCUCCACAAGAGGAGAAAUUGGGUUGCCUUAUACCUGCACCUAAAGGGUAUGUGACUCCUUUUGCUUGGCCAAAGAGUCGUGAUUAUGUACCUUAUGCAAACGCGCCUUAUAAGAGUUUGACAGUUGAGAAGGCGGUACAAAAUUGGAUACAGUAUGAGGGUAAAUUGUUCAGGUUUCCUGGUGGUGGAACUCAGUUUCCUCAAGGUGCUGAUGCUUAUAUUAAUGAUUUAGCUUCUGUUAUUCCUUUGGAUAAUGGGAUGAUUAGAACUGCUCUGGAUACUGGUUGUGGGGUUGCAAGUUGGGGAGCGUAUUUGAUGAAGAAAAAUGUCCUAGCUAUGUCAAUUGCACCCAGAGACUCGCAUGAGGCACAAGUUCAGUUUGCACUUGAAAGAGGAGUUCCUGCUAUUAUUGGUGUUUUGGGAACUAUAAAGCUCCCUUAUGCCCCUAGAUCAUUUGAUAUGGCUCAUUGCUCUAGGUGUUUGAUUCCAUGGGGUGCGAAUGGCGGACUUUACAUGAUGGAAGUUGAUAGAGUCCUUAGACCGGGGGGCUAUUGGAUACUCUCAGGUCCACCCAUCAAUUGGGAGAACAGUUAUGAAGCAUGGCAGCGCCCUAAGGAAGAGCUUCAAGAAGAACAAAGGAAAAUUGAGGAGAUUGCUGAACUUCUGUGUUGGGAGAAGAAAUCUCAGAAAGGUGAAAUUGCUAUUUGGAGAAAAAGAGAGAAUUGCAGGGAACGAGUUUCUCGUGCUACAAUGUGUGAUCCACAAUAUGCUACUGAUGUCUGGUAUAAGAAGAUGGAGGCAUGCAUAACUCCGUACCCUGAAACAAGUUCACCAGAUGAAGUUUCUGGGGGAGAGUGGAAGCAGUUUCCAGACAGACUAAAUGCAACUCCUUACAGAAUUGAGAGUGGUUCUGUUCCUGGAGUCUCAACUGAAACGUAUCAAGAUGAUAUCAAACUUUGGUCAAAACAUGUCGAUUACUAUAAAAGGGUGAACAAACUGAUGGAUACAGGAAGGUACCGCAACAUAAUGGAUAUGAAUGCUGGUCUUGGAAGUUUUGCUGCCACGCUUGAUUCUCCAAAGUUAUGGGUUAUGAAUGUUGUUCCCAUUAUAGCAGAGAAGGAUACUUUAGGUGUUAUUUAUGAACGAGGUCUAAUAGGCAUAUACCAUGACUGGUGUGAAGCCUUUUCCACGUACCCCAGGACUUACGACCUGAUACAUGCAAACCGUCUUUUCAGCUUGUACAAGAACAAAUGUAAUGCAGAAGAUAUCCUACUAGAGAUGGAUCGUAUCCUGCGACCUGAAGGGACAGUGAUAUUCAGAGAUGAAGUAGAUGUCCUUAUGAAGGUUAAGAGAAUAGCAGCCGGAAUGAGGUGGAACACCAAAAUGGUGGACCAUGAAGACGGUCCUCUCCUUACCGAGAAAGUGUUGUUUGUCGUCAAACAAUAUUGGGUUGCUGGUGAAAACAAUUCCACCUCUGUAUAACUGUAAGUAGACAAAAUAGUAUCACAGGAAAACCACAAUUUUGAACUGUCUUUUUGUUGAACUUUCUUGUACUCCUUGUAGAAGCCACAACAUGCGUAUAUGCAAACGCCUUUGGCCGCCGGAAAUCUGUACUCCUAUACAGAUUUUACUCAUUUUGUAGUGAGCUUAAAACAUAUUCUUAAA